UGGUUGGUGGUGGUGCUGAGCGCUGCUGGUGAUUCCCAACGUGAUGAAGAUGAAGACGUGCAUCUCCCUGCUGCUGCUGCUGCUGUUGGGAGCUGCGCUCGAGGCCAGGGCUAAGAGCCUCGUGCUGGCCGGCGGCGGGAUCAGCGAUGACAACGCGGCGGUGUACGGCGCCAUCGUGGAGCUGGCGGGCGGAGUUGGCGUCGCUCGUAUCGGCAUCGUCGUGGCGGCGUCGGGCGACCCUGCGGACAGCGCGUCGUUCUACACGGACCUGUUCGUGCGCGUCUACGGGGCCCGGGAGGCCGUCGUGAUCCCCAUCGACCUGGGCCAGGUCCACAACAACGAGGACCCCGCCGUCGUCGCCCUCAUCCAGGGCCUCGGCGGAUUCUUCUUCGGCGGCGGAGACCAGGCGCGCGUCAUCGAAGCUUUCUUCCACAACCAGGGAGGCGUGCGGGUUGAGUCUUCGGCCCUGCGAGCCAUCAAGGAGGCCCACGAUGCCGGGGCCGUGGUGGCCGGCUCCAGCGCGGGCACCGCCUGCCAGGGCUCUGCCGUCAUGAUCAACGGCGGACGCAGCUACGAGGCCGUCGUGUACGGCGCCUACUCGUCGGCGCAGAGCAACGCCGACAAGCUCGUCUACGACUCUGAGGGCGGCCUGGGCACCAUCCACGGGGUGGUCGUCGACUCGCACUUCAGUGAGAGGGGCCGGGAGGGCCGCCUGGCGCGUCUGCUGUGGGACACGAGGGACAAGCCGCACGGAGCGGCACGCGGCAUCGGCGUGGACGAGGACACGGCGCUCGUCAUCACCGCCAUGGACACGGAGCCACGUGCCAAGGUGGUCGGAAAGUUCGGCGUCCUCUUCAUGGACCUGUCCGGCGCGUGGGACGACACCGCCUCGGCCAGCUGGCACCUGCGCAACGUGCGCGUCCACUACCUCACGGAGGACGACUCCCUCGACAUGCUCAGCUGGAGGGUCACCUUCGCCCCCUGGAAGUCGGCGACGGGCGGGCGCGAGGACUACGACUACGCGGUGACGUCCGCCGACGUGUUCGGCGCCAGGCAGUUUGCCCGAGUGGCCACGAACCUCUUCAACUCGAGGUACUCCAAGGAGGCCACGGGGAGCACCAAGGAGAAGAAGCCGCAGUACGAGGUGCGCAUGAGCAAGGAGCUGGGCGCGGGCGCCAAAGGGAGGUCUCCUGUCGACGGCUACUUCAUGGUGUCCUACCGCGACCUCCUGCUCGAGAUGUACGAGGCUGUGAACUGAGCCGUGGCGGUGGUGGUGGUGGUCAAGCUACGUGGAGGUGGUUGGGUGAUUGAUGCGCAAUGAUGACGACGGUGAUGAUUAUGCUGAUGCUGCUGCUGCUGAUGAUGCUGAUGACGAUGAUGACGAUAGAACAAACUUGUACCUCCACAUUCAACAGUCACUAUCGCUCACUGAGUUUCCGCUCCGCACUCAAAACUCACUUAUUGUUUCCUAGCUCACCCCACGCCCCGCCCCUCCGUAAUCCCCCCUCAUAACCACCACCGCUACUUUUCCCUCUUCAUAUUCUCAUGAUAUGGCCAUCACUCAUUUAUCCCAUUCAUUAAAUCCAUUCAUCAUCAUCUACUCUCAUCUAUUCCAUUCACCUCAUCUCUUUCAUUAAAUCCAUAUGUACCGUUGUUAAUUCUGUGUAAAGCGCCUCGGUUAAGGCGCCAUAUGAAUUAUUUUAAGAUAAAAUGAUGAUGACGAUGAUGCUGAUGACGAUGAUGACGAUGAUGAUGCGUCUCCAGCUCGUGCCACACGUUGUCAUCGGGCGUGAUGUCUGACGUUUCGCUCCUCGUGCUGCCUGGUAAACUUCCUCUCCACCAAAUAGUGCUGGCCGGAUUGGUUAAGUCCGGCGAGACCUUGAGGAACUGGACCAAAGAGGUUCCCAGUAGCACAUGAUGUGAAACGUCGGACAUUGAACAUAUGCCAGCGAAGCCGCACAUCAGCACAACCGCAAACACUGGCGCGGGUCACGAGCUACGGGGACGGCUGAUGAUUACCAAUAAAAGUGAUCCAUACCGUG